AUGAAGAUACUCCCUCUUUUCGCAGUGGGCCUUUUGGUCACCUUUGUGACGGUCGGUGCCAAGCCAUCGGCGAGCCACGAUCAGUGCGCCAAGCACGAUGAAGGCAAGACCUACGGUUUGCCGAGUGACUGCCAUAAGUACGUAACCUGUAAAAACGGAAAACUGGAAGUCAAGAGUUGCAGCAGCAAGAAAAACUACGAUGUGGUUACAUCCAAGUGUGUCAAAAUUGCCAAAGCAACCUGUGCCGCGGAGGCUGCUCCGGAGGAGCCCGAGCCGGUACCCGAAGAACCGCAGCCGGUGGAGCCAGAAGAGACCGACGAACAGUACGACUAUCUCUGCAACAACGUUCUCUAUGGGAUCAAAGUUCAUCCGCACGCAUGUGACAAGUACAUCAGCUGCAUGAAGCAGAAAGCCAAAAUUGACAUCUGCGCAGAAGGACACAUCUUUUCGGAGGUGAGAAUCGAAUGUGUGGCAGGUAACAAAGCCACUUGUACAGCCUCUGACGGUGAAACUAGUCCUACGGAUCCGGAAUCGGGAUCUCAUGAAGGCAGCUCAGGAUCUGAAAGCGAGAGUUCGGAAAGCGGAAAUGAAAGUGAUUCUGAUGAGCCGUCCGAAGAACUCAGUGACGGUUAUGAUCAUGUCUGCACCAACGUUGUUCUUGGCAACAAGCCGCAUCCUGAGUCAUGCGAGAAGUACAUCUCGUGCUCCAAGCAAAAGGCAAAGGAAAAGAACUGCAAGGAUGGAUACGGCUAUUCUUCUAAGUACCAUUUGUGUGUCAAGGAGAAGAACAGCGAUUGUGCCGGUUCUCCCGAGGUGCCCCCAGCGACCGAAGAGCCGCCAACUACCGAACCUGAGGUAAGCGAACCGAGCUCUGAGGAGAUUGCUGAGCCUGAAGUUCCUGAGGAACCAGAAACUCCAUCUGGUGAACACGACCAUAUCUGUGCCAACACUCAUCAUGGCAAAAAACCGCAUCCCCAUUCGUGCAAGAAGUACAUCUCGUGCUCCAAACACAAGGCAAAAGUAGUGAACUGCAAGAAAGGAUACGGCUACUCAUCCAAGUCCCAUCUGUGUGUCAAGGAGAAGAACAGCGAUUGUGCCGUUUCUCCCCAGGAGCCUCCAGCGACCGAAGAGCCGCCAACUACCGAUCCCGAGGUAAGCGAGCCGAGCUCCGAGGAGGUUGCUGAGCCUGAAGUUCCUGAGGAUCCAGAAAGCCCAUCCGAUGGAUACGACUACGUUUGUGCCAAAACGCUCCUCGGCAACAAACCGCAUCCUGACUCGUGCAACAAGUACAUCUCGUGCUCCAAGCACAAGGCAAAGGAAGUGAACUGCAAGAAAGGAUAUGGUUAUUCGUCUAAGUUGCAUUUGUGUGUCAAGCAAAAGAACAGCGAUUGUCCCGCAGAACCCGAAGCUCCAUCCAAUGGAUACGACUACGUUUGUGCCAAAACUCUUCUCGGCAACAAGCCGCAUCCUGACUCGUGCAACAAGUACAUUUCGUGCUCAAAGCACAAGGCAAAGGAAGUGAACUGCAAGAAAGGAUACGGUUAUUCGUCCAAGUUCCAUUUGUGUGUCAAGGAGAAGAGUAGCGACUGUGCUUCCUCUCCCGAGGAGCCUCCAGUGACCGAAGAGCCGCCCACUAAUGGAACUACUACUAAACCAGAACCAGAGACAACGCAGCCUUGGACAACCGAAACCACGACCGCCGAACCUCAGCCUCCAACAACAAAGUCUCAACCCGCAACUACUAAACCACAGCCAGAGACAACGCAGGCUUUGACAACUGAAGCCACGACGGCCGAACCUCAGCCUCAGACAACAAAGUCUCAACCCGCAACUACUAAACCACAGCCAGAGACAACGCAGCCUUGGACAACCGAAGCCACGACGGCCGAACCUAAGCCUCAGACAACAAAGUCUCAACCCGCAACUACUAAACCACAGCCAGAGACAACUGAGCCUGCUACAACAAAGUCUCAACCCGCAACUACUAAACCACAGCCAGAGACAACGCAGGCUUUGACAACCGAAGCCACGACGGCCGAACCUAAGCCUGCUACAACAAAGUCUCAACCCGCAACUACUAAACCACAGCCAGAGACAACGCAGGCUUUGACAACCGAAGCCACGACCGCUGAACCUGAGCCUGCUACAACAAAGUCUCAACCCGCAACUACUAAACCACAGCCAGAGACAACGCAGGCUUUGACAACCGAAGCCACGACCGCCGAACCUGAGCCUGCUACAACAAAGUCUCAACCCGCAACUACUAAACCACAGCCAGAGACAACGCAGGCUUUGACAACCGAAGCCACGACGGCCGAACCUGAGCCUGCUACAACAAAGUCUCAACCCGCAACUACUAAACCACAGCCAGAGACAACGCAGGCUUUGACAACCGAAGCCACGACCGCCGAACCUGAGCCUGCUACAACAAAGUCUCAACCCGCAACUACUAAACCACAGCCAGAGACAACGCAGGCUUUGACAACCGAAGCCACGACCGCCGCUCCGCAGGAACCGAGCUGCGAGGGCAUAGCCUCUGGUUACCUUGCGAUCGAAGGAAAUUGUACUCAAUACGUCUAUUGCCAGCAGGGCAAGCCCGAACUGCGCGACUGCCUCGCCAACUAUAUAUUCUACGAGCCAUUCAUGGCAUGCCUGCCAGGAAACACAGCCACUUGUGAGCUGUUCGGUGUCUAA